CAUGUAAAUUUGAAACAGCAGUAUAUGCUUAAGAAAUUAUAUUCAUUUUGCCUGUGUAUGUCGUAAAAUUUGUGCAACUUUUUAUUUUGUUGUUUAAUCUGGAAAUGAUUUUUGCUAUAUAUCUGUGAUUAUGAAGAAGCAGAAAGAAGUUUGAAUUAUCAAACAAGAUUUAUAAUCAAUUUCGUCAAUCUGUAGGUAUUAUUUUUUAUUUGAAAAUAGGAAAAUGGGGUGCAGGGAAUUUUUUUCAUUCAAUCAGCUAUGACUCCAUUUAAAACUAGCUCGGGUAGGUUAUAUGAUUCCUCUUAUCCAUUCUGAUAUAUUCGAGGCGUUGAACAUUUUCAUAGUUUUUUUUUGUGUGUGUUUUUUCCUUCAGAUGUUGUGGUUACUUUUUAUGAAACGAGCAUCACAACGAGCAUAUCCAUUAGUCUUCGGUAGUUUUUAGGCAGGUCAUGUUUAGUUUUAUACUUUUUCUGUGAUUCUUUUAUUGUUAAUGUCUGACCUUGUAAUAUAAUCUGGCAAACAUUUUACUAGUUUAUGUGAUUUUCGAGAACAGAAAGAAUUUUGGAUUACCCCGAUAUCUGGUAUUCAAUUUAUUAAAUCUCUAUGUUGAAGGAACACUUUUAUUAAUCAAGAAAUGGGUAAAUGGGGUGUCGUGCUUUUUAUCCGUAUUCUUUUCAGAAUUCAGCUUAGGAAAGAAAAAGAUAUGCUGAGGGGUUCACAAGGCCAGAGCUUUGAACUGAUCCGAAGACUAGAACAACAUGUGCAGACAUUAUCUGAGGCCCGAGCAGAAGACAAAAAUCACAUCCAGAAGCUGGAAAGCGAGUUGGAGAACUGUUCCCAAGAGAUAGAUUACCUGCAGGAUCAGGUGCAUUUAAGAAAUGAAGAGAUGAAUUCUCUAAGUGAGUGUGUGUGCAGCCUUCAGUUGAAACUUGCAAACCUUGAAAAUAUAUACGAAGAGGUUGCAAGGUUAAGGGAAGAAUUGGAAAUUUCAAAUGCUGAACGCUUAUAUUUGUUGCAGCAAUUGGAAAACAAAGAGUUAGAGAUAGAGGGCUCAGCUUUGUGCAUAGAGAGACUAGAGGAGUCAAUAGCAUCUGUAGGAUUAGAGCAUCAAUUUGAAAUAGAGGGUAUGAAGCUUGAUUUGAUGGCUGUGGAGCAGAAUUAUUUUGAAGCUAAGAAAUCCCAAGAAGAAACAACUCAAGAGAAUGUUAAGUUGAAUGAGUUUAUUCAUGACCUCGAACUUCGGAUGGAUGACACAGAGAAGGCUGUUGAAAGUCUAGGGAAGGAAAAUGAAAGUUUAAGGGAACAACUCCAGGCAUCUGAAUUGAAUGCCAAAACAUUUUCUAAAAAAGUAGAGGAGCAAUUUCGUGGUUGGCUAGCGAAUGUUGAUGAGAGCUCCUCAAGUAAAGAAGAGGAAAAUGCUACUAGCUGCUGUGGUGACAUUUUGGGUCCACUCCUUAUCAAACUGGCUUCUAUAGGGCCAUCGGAUGUUGACUUGUUGGACAAGAUGGAGAAAUUGGCCGGUCAAGUAAAGAACUAUGAGUCACUUGUAAAGCAGCUUAAGGAAGAGCUAAGAAUGGAAAAGCUAAAAGCCAAAGAAGAAGCAGAGGAUUUAGCCCAAGAAAUGGCUGAGCUACGAUAUCAGAUGACUGGGUUGCUUGAAGAAGAACGGAAACGACGUGCAUGUGUUGAACAAUUAUCUUUACAGAGAAUAGCAGAGUUAGAGGCGCAGGUUGAAAAAGAAAGGUUGAAAUCCUUCAAUGAAGAAGAUCGAAGUAAAUCUAUCACCAUUUACAGACAUGUCAGUGAAGCAUAAAGACGGAUCAAAUGUUGCAAUUUCAAGCGUGUCUUUCCGGUGGUGCAUGUUUUAAGCAACUGGCAAAGGAAUCUGAUCAAUAACUGUAUUAUCGCCUUAUCAAGUGUGAGAUGGUGGGGAAGUUCAGUUUGCUUCCUUGUUUUCGGAAUGAGUUAUACAUGCAUAAAUAUUGAGCUUUCUGUUUGCAGAUGAAAGACUGUUACCUCUUAAAAUGGAAUCAAUGUUGGCUUUGAUGUGCUUAGGGAUUUGCUGGUUUCAUUAGCUGAUAUCCAGCCUUAGGGAAGAUGAUUCCAGUCCAGAUGAAAUGCUGGGUUAUCAGCAUUGCACAUUUUAGUUGGAUUAUGAUGCUUUUACAUACCGACCACUCGUGCUUGUACAGAUUUAUUUUUUUCUCGGUGAACCAUGGAAAUGUAAUUUAUUUGAGCUUUUGCUUUCUUGAAAUUAUUGGGUGUCCCAUUGUGGUCAAAAUUUGUAACUGAUCUCCUGGAAUGUGCUUGCAAACUGCAAAGUCUUUUCCUAAAGGGUGCCGUCUGAUUGUACAUUUUUUGAAUCAGAUCAUUGUACUACUCGUGUUUCUU